AGCCGGGGGUCGAACGGAGGCGGCGGCGAGGAGAGUGGACACCCCAUGGGGAACACUCUGACCUGUUGCGGGAAGCCGGCUGCCAGCCCCAGCAUGGGCCGGCGCUCGGGGCCGGCCGACCCGGACGACCCGUCUGAGGUCUACGAGGCGGCGGCCGGGGACGCGGUGGCGGUCGCGCCUUCGCCGGCUGCCCCGGAGCCCGCAGAGUUGGAUUUCGGCACCGGCGAGGGCCACCAUCUGCAGCACAUCAGCGACCGGGAGAUGCCGGACGAGUUAGCUUUGGAAUCAAACCCUUCUGACCAUCCAAGGGCAAGCACAAUUUUCUUGAAUAAAUCUCAGACGGAUGUGCGAGAAAAGAACAACAACUAUGUAAACCAUGUGUCUCCAGGGCACCUUACUAAAAAAUAUAGCUCGUGCUCAACUGUAUUUCUAGAUGACAGCACAGUCAGCCAGCCUAAUCUUAGAACCACAGUACAGUGUGUGACGUUAGCAAUAUAUUACCACAUAAAGAACAGAGAUGCAAAUCGAUCCUUGGAUAUUUUCGAUGAGAGAUCCCAUCCGCUCACAGGAGAAACAGUUCCGGAGGAAUAUUUUAGGCAUGAUCCUGAACACAAAUUUAUUUACAGAUUUGUUCGGACCCUCUUCAGUGCUGCACAGCUAACAGCUGAAUGUGCGAUAGUGACUUUGGUUUACUUAGAAAGACUUUUAACUUAUGCCGAGAUAGACAUUUGUCCCACGAACUGGAGGAGAAUUGUUUUGGGGGCUGUUCUUCUUGCCUCCAAGGUUUGGGAUGACCAGGCUGUAUGGAAGGUGGACUACUGCCAGAUCCUCAAGGACAUUACCGUUGAGGACAUGAAUGAGAUGGAAAGGCAUUUUUUAGAGCUACUUCAGUUUAAUAUUAAUGUUCCUGCCAGUGUUUAUGCCAAAUACUACUUUGACCUUCGCUCCUUAGCUGAUGACAACGACCUGCCUUUUGUGUUUGCUCCUCUUAGCAGAGAAAGAGCCCAGAACCUAGAGGCUAUUUCCAGAUUGUGCGAAGACAAAGACCUGUGCAGAGCUGCUCUGGGAAGGUCUCUUAGUGCUGAUAAUUUUAUUGGUGUUCAGCGCUCUAAAGCCAUCCUCUCUUAAGGGAGAAGGGAGGGGUGGUAAUGUCGUGAGCCCCUCCCUCAUCUACAAGGACUGGAGGAAUUAGCACCCCUCCUGCUCAAAACCCAGCAAAGUUAGUAUUUUCACCUAAGACAGACGCCACGUUGAGGAGACGCGUGGGCAGCAAGGACUAUGCUCACAGAAAGAAUGGGACCUUGUCAAUGCAUCACACUCUGUCCUUUAGUUACAAAAAACACUCAAAAGCUAAAGCUCCCAACCCACACAGAUAUUUGCUUACAAUGUAGGCCGAUAGCUGUGAACUCUAUGUGAAGUUUUUUGUUUUUUAAUCCAUGUUUAAAUUUUGAGGCUUGAAAGGCACUAACUAUAUAACUUACAUGUCUUUCCUACUUUUCUGAAUCGCCCCCUA